AUAUGAAGAAAAUAUACGGCUUCGGAUACAAUGCAUUCUCUCAAACAAUUCCCAGUAGUCGAGAUAUAAUUGUUAGUGAGCCUACUGAUAUCUCACCUACUCAAUGUACUAAAAUAAUAUGGGCAAAUUUGAAUAUGACUUUGGGAAUGGAUGUGAAUUUAAAUCCAAUCGAAUGGGGAUUUGAUGGAUUAUUGAAUGGAGUAAAAUCACCGACUUUGUCUAAUUUACCACAAAAUGUGAAAAAAUGUUUUGGAGAUGGAGUUUAUGGAAUACGAGGGUUCAUUGAUCAAAAUGGAUUUUUAUACCAAGACAAAAAAAUCAUUGAAUUGUCUACUGAAUGUGUUGAUGUAACUCAGUGUUGUACAGGUGGAGAUGUUGUUUGCAUUACUGCUGAUGGAAAAUUAUGGCAAUGGAAUGUGAGAGAAGGAAAAGUCGACGACUAUAUUCCUAAACCAUCGGAAUUAAAUCCCAUUGAAAACGAAAUAGAAAAUAAUUUUAUUAAAGUAGUUUCUGGAGAAAAUCAUUUCCUUGCUUUAACUCGAAAUGGUGAAGUAUUUACUUGGGGAUCAGGAAGAUAUGGACAAUUAGGACAUGGUAAUCUAGUAUCAUUAAACAAACCAACUGCAAUUGAAUUCCUACAGGGAUUGACGGUCACAGAAAUUGCAUGUGGUGGCUGGCAUUCGGCCGUUAUCACUGAUUCACAGGAUUUAUACACAUUCGGAUGGAAUAAUCAUGGUCGAUUGGGUAUAAAUACUACAUCAUCCAUUCAAAGUGACAAUGACAACAACAACAAUAAUAAUAAAUUAGUAUCGAUAAAUCCUGCCGAACCAAAUUUGAUUGAAUUCGAUCGUGAAGAUGGUGCUGAAAAAGAUGGUGACGAUGAUGAAGAUGAUGAUAAUCAAUUAAGGAUAUGUGGCUGGGGUAAGUAUGGCCAACAAGGUCAAGGCCCAAAUAAUAUAAAAGAUCAACUAAAUUUUUCCAAAGUUAAGUUUAAUUUAUCUCACGAAGAAAUCAAUAGUAAUUUAAUUGAUUGUAUUUGUGGACGUUGGAAUACUUUUGCUAUUUUAGCACAAGAUAAAUCCAUGAAAUAA